GGGAGGGGACGGACGAGCAGAGCUCGGGGACGGGGAGGAGAAGCUCGAGCAGUAGCGGUUGUGUAUUUGUUUAUGUCGUGUCAAAAUCUCGUGACUGAGGGCCCCAACGGUGCGGGUACCUCUGGUUUGCUCUGCGGCCGAAAAUGCUUUCCUUGGUGCUCGCGCGGCGCUGAGGAGUCUCUUUGCGCGUCGUUGCGAGGCCUUAACACCGCGUAGUGGGAAACAUAGCCUCACAGACUUUUCACCAAUUUUGUGCUGUGAUCUCGUGCGGAUUUUCGUGCCGGUUGUGUGACCUGCAAGUGUGCUUGGAAUUGAGAAUGCCGGCACGUCAACGUUGAAGGACCGAAGAGGACUCCCCUAGCUGAGCCAUUCGCCUGCUAUUCACCCACUGCAGUGUUGACUGUCAAAAGAAUGACAUUUAUUCUUUUCUUCAGUGUUCUGUGUGGCAAGAAGCCAGAAGAAAGGAACUGUUUUGAAUAGAUCUUUUUACAGCAAGAUGUACUGAAAAUAAUUCAAGUUUUAUUUAUCAGUGAACCAGUGGAAAACCUAGUAUCCACAAUGGCUGAUUUAGCUGCAGUUGGAUACGGGCGCUCGGGUAUUUUAGAAACCCAUGUACGAGGACAAUGGUAUCGGGUGUUUGUGACCCUUGAAGAUGACUAUCUGAGCAUAAGUUUAGAUGAGAGCUACGAGAACUCAACUUCUCUAAAUGGAACCCUGAACAAUAAUAACAACAAUCUAGACUCAACAGGCGGGGUAAUGGACAAUGUCGAUGUUCCUGACUCGGUUGCAAAUCAGAAGCGCAUUGUACGAGUGGUCAAAUCAGAUAACAAUGGGCUUGGAAUAUCUAUCAAAGGAGGCAAAGAAAACAAAAUGCCUAUUCUUAUCUCAAAAAUAUUCAAAGGAAUGGCUGCAGACCAAACAGAACAGUUAUAUGUAGGGGAUGCUAUCCUUGCUGUCAAUGGUGAAGAUCUGCGAGAGGCUACACACGAUGAAGCAGUGAAGGCCCUGAAGCGAGCAGGGAAGGUCGUGGAACUUGAAGUCAAGUACCUGCGCGAGGUGACGCCGUACUUCCGCAAGGCGUCCAUCAUCUCCGAGGUGGGCUGGGAGCUGCAGCGAGGCUUCUUGUCCGGGGCGCCGCCCGCGCCGCGCUCCCCGCAGCGCGCCGACACCCGCUACCUGCCCCUGCAGCUGUGCUUCCUCGCCAGGAACUUCCGGCACCAGGACCCUGAGGGCCGCACGCUGGAGCUGCACUCCCCCGACGGCGUGCACGCGUGCGUGCUGCGCGCCGCGGACCAGGCGGACGCCACGGCGUGGUUCAACGCGCUGCACUCGGCGCUGCAUUCCCUGACGCUGCGCGCCGUGCAGCAGGCGUCGCGCGUCGUGCCCGGCCUGGACAUCCUCCUGAUGGGCUGGCUGGCGAGGAAGGCGCCCGCCGACACCCCUGCGCAGUCCGUGGUGCUGCAGAACGGCGCGGCCAACUCGGAGAGCAGCGAGGACCCCGACCGGCAGCAGGCCUGGCAGGCCGUGUUCGCGGCCAUGACGGACCGCGAGAUGCGGCUGUACGAGUCGGCGCCCUGGAGCCCCGAGGCCUGGGCCUCGCCCUGCGAGAUCUGCCCGCUGCUGUCGACCAGGCUGGUGAGCUCCGGCAGGCAGGCCGAGGCCAUCUCGAUGGUGCUGCGGUGCGGCACCCAGGACGGCAUCGCGACGCACACGCUGCGCGCCGAGACGCACCGCGACCUGGCGGCGUGGGCGCGGACCCUGGUGCAGGGCAGCCACAACGCGGUGGCGGCGCAGCGGGAGCUCGCCUGCAGGUGCACGUUCCAGAGGAAGCCGUGCCAACUGCUGCUGCACUACGAGGACGGCUUCACGCUCAUCGAGGGCCAGGCCAACACGCUCGGCCGCGAGCAGAGGGUGCUGUUCAAGAUUCCCUUCGAACGCCUGCGCUCCUCCGGGGACGACGGCAUCAGACUCUUUUGGAUGGACGUUGGCGGGGAAGAAGGAGAAAUGGAAUUCGACCUGGAAUCGUGUCCAAAACCAUUUGUCUUCAUCUUACACAGUUUCUUGUCAGCAAAGAUUCAUCGGCUGGGUAUUUAUGCGUAACUAUUGUAAAUUGUUCUGAGCGUUUGUUUAUAUUUUUUAAAGGCUGGCCUAGUAGGUAAUGUAAUUGAAGAAACUGGGAGUUAAUUUGUAUUUAUAAGAAAUUGAAUGAAACAGUGUAAGUUAGAGAGGUUGAUUUUGAUUAAGAAUUUUGUACAUUUCUAUUUAUUGUGAGGAUGAAUUUACCUGAUGCUCAUGUGUUCAAAGGCUUCACUAGAAAAUUGUUUCAUAGGGAGAAUCUCUUUGUUUCAUAAACUUUAUGUUUAUGUUUUAUGUAAGAAAGGACUCAAGACUUCAUUAUUGAGAUGGGAAUUUUUUUCCCCUUCAUGUUUCUUUUAGCUGAAGGUUAAAAAUCUCAGUGAAGUGGAUCCUAGUUUGGUGAAGGAACUCAGAAACAGGAAAAUUCUUUUUCUUCUGUUUCUCUCCUUCGACAUAGUCAAAAUGCACAUUAGAAUUUUUCUUUAAAAAUUUGUAUUGUCUUUAAGCUUUAACUAUAAUCGCAGAAUUUUUAAUCUGUCAAUUCCAUUAGUUCAAAGUGUACAGUAGAUAUUUCUCAGUUGAACUGCAAUGUUGUCUAUGGGUGAUAUAUUUUAUAAAGUUAUAUUUUCUUUCUAGACAAAUCAUGUGUUUGGUUUAUCUUGCUAUGCCUAUGUCUGAGAGAAAAAAUAUAAUUAAGAAAUAGGUCUUCCACUGUAUCCAUAUUUGAUGUUAAUUUCUGUGUGGCUUCUUUGGUUUACAAAUUUUGUCUACUCUCUCAGGAGAAGGAUAUUUUUACUCAGCUCCCCGACCCGUUUUCUAUGAAGGGAUUAAUCAUUUUCUCCUCAACCAAGAUUUUUUUGUCAGUGUAAUGAUGGUCUUCUAGGCACUAAAAGCAAUCUCUCAGUUUUGUUCUCAACUACUGGGCCUUAUGUUGAUGUUGAUUACAAAUCUAUCAAAAGAGAAGGAUGACUUUGCUAAAUUCAGUAUAUGUUGAGUUAACUAACAGUGUUGAGUGUGCAUUGUAGGUGUCUGUGUGUGAGAGAGAGUAAAAAGAGAGAGUGAGUGAGUGAGAGUGAGUGAGUGAGUGAGUGGCUUAUUGCUUACAAUUUUGCUAAAUCUUGAUUUUAAAUAAACUGAAUACUGUUUCAUUUGCAUUCCAUAAAUCAAUGAGGCUUCCUCUUCAAAGGAACAGUGGUUUCUUUUUAAAUGGUUAGGCGAUUUCAUCUGGUGACAGAUGACAUGCUGGACAUGUUAAUUCUGCAUCACAGCACCUGUUUCUGUUCUACAUCCCUUGAUUUUUAUGAAUUGUGCCUGGAAAUAUAAUACCUUCCCACUCUUUCUUCAUUUUUAACAAUAUUGUUUAAUUGUUCUUUCAUUCGUUUGUAGAGCUAGCCUAUGACCUGAUUAGUGUGCACAAAUUGAAACUUUGAAAUGUACCUGUCCCUAAAGCCAAUUGCUUUUGCUUCCCUUGUAUGAAAGAAAAAAAGUCACAUAUAGAUGAAUUUAGCAUUGGAUGGAACUUUCUUCCAUUGAUAAGUUAUGCACGUUACUUUGACACAGUUUCUGUGCUCUAUGUUAUAUCUGUUUAUGUACAAAUUGUAUAUUGUAAACAAAGUCUCUUUAACUAUAAUCCCUGCCCCUCCUCUCCCACCCCUUAUCCUCUCCCUUUUGUGGUUGGUGUUAUAUCAUGAGUUUUACUCUUAAACUGUCUGUGAAUCUUUUUGAGAUGUGAGUACCUUUAUUCCUUUAAUAUGUAGAGACUUUUCUCUACACAUGUCAAUUCUUAACUGUUGUGAAAGAGUUUUAUAUGACUUUAUGCUUGCCAAGUUCUUGUUUUGUUGUUGGAAAAUAAUAGAAGCCUUUUGUGUGAAUGAGUCUGCUUAAGAAAUUGUGGAUGGAAAAGUUAGGAUGUUUGUGUCUGUUUAAUAGUGCUGGCUGACAAGGCUCUUGCUCUUCCUUUGUCACCCUUUUGAGUCUUGUAUUGUCUCUUGGUUUUAUCAUACUUUACUUCCAGUAUUUUUACACUGAGGAUGUUUGGUUAAGAAUGAAUUUUGUUUAAUAGAGGUAUUUUUAACUGAAUAUGACAAUUCUCUUGUAUGUAGCUUUCUCUUAUUUUGAAACGCUCUUCAAUCAAAUCAUAGAAAGUCAACUAAUUGUGUCUAGUUUCAGACUGUCUUUGAUUCUUUUUGGAUGCAUUUUCAAAUCCUGUGCUACUCAACAUCUGCUGUCAUACUACAAAUACCUUUUUGUGAAAAUAAACAACUUACAAGAA